AUGGAGGACAUACAAGAUCCAUGCAGGCACAUUUUCGGACCAUCGCCUCCACCACCACGCGUAACAUGGACGACCGAAAAGAAGCUUGAGCGAGAGGACAUCAUGAACGAGAUGCAGCCACUUCUUCUACGCCUUCGCGGCAAGUGGACCGAGGAACUAGCCGCGGAUAUUGCAGCAACCUUGACGCCCCAGAAGCUUCAAGUAAUGGAGCCACAAGCAAAGGGAUUACUAUCUGGAUGGAUCUAUCAACAGGAUGACCGAAAGUACGUUCAGUGGCUGAACGAUGCGGAAGAAGACAGGACCUCUAUUACGUGGGUCGAUGAGGCGAUAAUUCCUGGCCCGGAGUAUUGGUCGUGUACAUUGCUCAUGAUAUGCCAGAUGAAUGAGUUGGAUGAGGCCGUGGAGAAGCUCACUCCUGAACAGAAACCCCUUUUCAAAGUGCCACUGAUGAUGAUUAGAGGGUUUAUAGAGUGCGUGGAGUGGCAUAGGCAGCAGCGAAAGCUAUUGCCACAAAUGGAUUUUCAAACUAUGCAGCGUCUCAUCCAUUUCGAGGACGGCAAAUAA